GGGAGGAGCCGGGCGGCUCUUCGGGAGGGUCGGCUGUCGCCAUUUUGUUAGCGCCGGUCUGCGGCGGCGUGCGGAAGUAGCUGCCGGCGAGGCGGGAAGGGUUGGAGUUCGCUCAGCUCCUCCCCCGCUGGGGCGGAGAGGCGGGGACUGAGCGCGGCCGAGCCGGGACAGGUCGGUGGGGGUCGGGGCGGCGGCGGCAGCAGCACUGAGAGGGGUCCGGAUAUGUCGGCGUUCUCGGAGGCGGCUCUGGAGCGGAAGCUGUCGGAGCUGAGCAAUUCGCAGCAGAGCGUGCAGACCCUGAGCCUGUGGCUCAUCCACCACCGCAAGCACUCGGCGCUUAUCGUCAGUGUGUGGGAGCGGGAGCUGCGAAAAGCAAAACCAAAUAGGAAGCUGACAUUCCUGUACUUGGCCAAUGAUGUCAUACAGAACAGCAAAAGGAAAGGACCAGAAUUUACGAAAGACUUUGCUCCAGUAAUAGUGGAGGCUUUUAAGCAUGUUUCAAGCGAGUCUGAUGAGAGUUGUAAGAAACACCUUGGUCGAGUGCUUUCUAUAUGGGAAGAAAGGUCUGUUUAUGAAAAUGAUGUAUUAGAACAACUUAGGCAAGCUUUGUAUGGAGACAGAAAGGUGAGAAAGCGAACGUAUGAACAGAUAAAAGUUGAUGAAAAUAGCUGUUCACCUCGAAGUUCUCCCACUGACCCUCCACAGACCACAGAUCUCAUUAGAGCAUUACAAGAACUAGAAAACGCUGCCUCUGGGGAUGCAGCGGUUCAUCAGAGAAUAGCUUCUUUGCCUCUAGAGGUCCAAGAUGUAUCCCUGUUAGACAGAAUAACAGAUAAGGAAUCCGGAGAGCAGCUUUCCAAAAUGGUAGAUGAUGCAUGUAUGUUGCUGGCGGAUUACAAUGGCAGGUUGGCAGCUGAAAUAGAUGAUAGAAAACAGCUAACUCGAAUGUUGUCAGACUUUCUCCGAUGUCAAAAAGAAUUCCUUGCAGAGAAAGAACAUAAGCUGGAAGAGUACAAGCGCAAGCUCGCCAGAGUGUCCCAAGUGCGGAAAGAACUCAGGUCGCGCAUCCAGAGCCUGCCUGAUCUCUCUCGACUUCCCAAUGUCACGGGCAGCCACGUACACUUACCCUUUGCAGGAGACAUCUACAGCGAUGACUGAUAAAAGAACAUCCUUCCAUAACCUCUACUUUUCUGUGAAAUGAGGGGUAGGUCAGACUGAUUGGUACUCUUGUAGUAUUAUUUUUGUAUAUUGUUGGAGAGUGUCAGUAAAAAUGCUCUAAUAAUUUAUAAAAAAUGGUUUAAAAGUUGAUUUAUUUACUAUUUUAUUGGCGAGUGAACAUAAGGGUACAUUUAUAAAAGUGGCAUCUGUGUCUAUUACAUUGAAGAAUGGAUAAUUAUCUUAUCUUUUGUAAAGAUUUUAAUUGGGUGCCCUGUAAGAAACAUGCUGAGAUUUUUCUUAUGUACCCUAUAUUUAAUGUAAAUCAGCAUAUAAUCAAUGCCAUACUUUAACUCAAGACAUUUCAGUUUCUAGUGAGGAAGUGAAAUGUGGAAAUCACAAGCUUAUAUUUGCAAGAAAGCUGGUGCAAUUUAAUGCAAAGCUAACAGUGAUCUUACUGUCCAUUACAUGUAAAUUACCCACUCCCAAAACAAGUCAGGUGAUAUUUUUGAAGUAAGUGUUAGUAACCAAUUUUGUAUUGGAAAACAUAAAUCAUGUUACACUGAGCAGAUCCCUAAAUUACUCAAAAUGCUACAAUAUUUUAGUAACAUUUAAAAGUCAGCAUAAGAAGGUAUACAAUUAACCUGCAUAAUGAGGUUUCAAAGUUCUAACUUUGUCUUUACAGCUGCUUAGUUUCUAAAUUGAGGGACCAUUCAUUUGUACUUGAAUCCCUUUCUGGAACAUCUGUCUUCAUCUAAAAAGGUUAAUCCCAGAAAUGUGAAGCCAUUUUACAGCUUUAAUUACAUUGAAAGAUCAUUCUGUCCCAACUGUUAAAUGUCAAUUAUUAAAAUUUGACAGUACUAUGUACCAUCCAUAUAUCCAGCAAUAGGAUGACAGAGCCAUGCUAUGCAUCCACUGAGAAACCCUAGAGGCCAGCAGAGGCUUCCAGCCCCCAACCUGUGCUCACUCCAGCAAACAUUCCUAGAUCUUGAUCAUACUUUCUCAUGAAACAGGAGGAGACAGGCCAGGCCUGUGUAUAUGUUAAACUGUGGAAAAUAAUUUCCUACUGUCUGUUUUUCAAAGAAGUCCUUUGCAUGGCACAAAUUUAUUUGUCUACAGGUUGCUGAAUUUGUGAAGAGUCCUUGUUACAAUACCACAUCUAGCAGAUAGCCAGGGAGUUUAUGCUUUUCAGUCAGUCAGAAUCAGGCAUGUAAUUGUUGAAAUGUGGUUUGCAAAAAUGUAUUUAGAUGACCUUGAGCUACAAGGGUUUAAGUUGGAUAUAUCAUCAGAGGAUUUAAUGGUAGCAUUUAUUUGUGUGUUUACACUUGUCAGGCAUUGUUUUUCAUCAGCUAAGUUCACAGUUUACAAGUUUAACACUCCUUCUUACAUUAAAGUAAUUUAAAAAAAAAUAAAAUCUAGUCUUCCUUUUAAAAACACAAGAUGAUUCAAAAUAGUCCUGGAGUGAAAGUAUUGAAGAUUAUGAUCUGUCACUUACUGACUUUCACGAGGCUGAUCACUAGAAUAUUUGUUUGAUGUAAAUGGAGAAUAAUCUUUCAUUUUAAAAGAUACCCUUGGAAAAAGCACCUUAGUCCAGCUAUCUCUUGUCAUGAAAUCUGCCAUGAAUUGCUAAGUAGGGAAAAAAAACCCUCCAAAGCUAAAAACACAGGUUGUUGACACAGCAUUCCACAGCAUCCAGUAUAGAGUAUUAUUUUCAUUAAAAAUUCAGACUGAUACAUAAGAUUCCUGAAAACAGUUCAUCAGAGCUCACUAGCAGUCCACAGAUUUUAAGUUUUAAGUGGCGUAAUGAUAUCUUUUAUCUUAUUCACUCCAUAGGAAAAAAAGAACAACUAUAAAGAAUCCAGGAGUAUUUCUUUAAGUCUAAUAUGUAAAAUCAGAUUACACUUAUUUGCAACUUUUUUGUGUAGAAUCUUGAUUUUUAAAAAAAGAAUGUUCAGAUACAAGUUUGAUAUUUUAAUAUCUCUGUUCUAGUUCCUUAGACUCAGCUCAUAAAUUCAGAUAUGCAUUAAUAUGCACUGCAGUGGCAAUGCAUGUUUUGUCUUGCUAAAGAAUAGCACCAAAUUUCUAAUAAAUAUUCUAAUACUUUAAUAAUAUUAAAACACUAUAAUCCAUUAAGAAUUAUAAAACAAAUAGUGAAACAAGGGUAAACAGUAAAUUCAUGGUUGAAUCCCACCCAUGAAAAACUUAAUUUAUACCCAGAAGUGAUUGUAACUGCAGUGGCAUUUCUUGUUUAGAGUGCGUUGAAAGGUACACGUCUUGGGUUCUCAGAAACAAAGGGAAUUAAGCUUUAACAGUCUUUUGCUACCUUAAUUAAAAAUAAUUAUAAUAACAAAGUUGAGCGCGGAAUUUUCUUGAUCUCUCAAGUGUAUUAAAAAAGAUACAACGCUUACUUCAUUAGACUUGUUUUUCCUAUUCAUAACUGUUAGUGAUAAUGUUGCUUAUCUCUAGAUUAUGUAGAACUGAUAAAAGAACAAGGAGGAAUCACAACUACUUCUUGAUGUCUCUGUUUUAAUUUUGAGAGAGUGCUAUUUUCUAGAUAUAUUUUUCUUUAUUUUACUGUGAAAUUGAUUUCAUAGGAAUAUUUCAUAGGUAGGUUUUUUGAAAUGAUCCCUCAACAUUUAUUUGAAAAAGAGGACUUGUGGAAGGUAAAGGUCACUCCUAUGGAAGGGUCAUAUAUUGGUGGCUGAAUAGUACAUUGUUCUUUAUUUGUAAUAGGAAAGGCAUCAGGUAUCAACUAGGUAGAAGAUUUAUAUUGUAAUUGUAGAAGUAUAGCAGGAGAUAAUAUGGUACAAUAUAAAUGCAGCCCUGUAGUAUCAAAAAAAUGCCUCCAAAUUCUCAGGAUCUGAAGCUUAAUAUUGGCACUUCUGACAUCUCAGGAAGAAAACAUGCUGGGGGGGGGGAAAGGAAAGGUGCCUAGGAGCUAGGGGGGAGAAAAUGCCUGAGUGGACAUGGAAAGCAAAACAAAUGUCAGGUUUUGUUGAAACAGGAGUAACAGUGUGGAGCUCUGGGCAGUACAGUGGUGUAGCUGAAGAUGGGAUUACACAAUGAAACACCCUGGGAAAGUGGGUGCAUGGGUGUACCCUGCCUAGCCUGGUUCUACUCAAACCAGAAUGCCCACCUUACAAAAGGCACACUUAUAAAAUAGCUGAACAUUAUUCAUCUAAUAAUAAAAGAAUAAUAACCUGAUUUUUUUUCCACUAUAUUGCACUUUUAUUGAGCAUUCUUUGAAAAAAGCAAAGACAAUCCUGCGGCUCUUUGCGAGGUGAGAAUGCUUAACUUGGAGGUCACUGGGACUGCUUGUAUAUUCUGGUGUUUGCAGGCUCAAGCUGUGUUUUUGCAGAAUGUUUUGAGAGAUUUCAGGAACAUUACCCCACUACUAUGUUGUUGUUUUUUUAAAAAAAGGAAGUUCUUAGUUACAAAAACUACCAUUCUUGGAAAUUGUUUCAUUACUCCUUUUGAAGAUGGAACUGCAGCCUGCAGUAACAUUACCUUGUCUGUUUCACUCAGUUAAUGUUUGUAUUAAUGUAUUUAAACAGUUAAUCCCUAGGAACACAACCCACGCUACAUGCUUACUAUGUGAUCUGAGUAGUCUUCAGAAUGUCAGACUGAGACCAUUUAUUUUGAUAAAAUUACGUUCCUAUUUUCCUGAAGUUAGGACUUCCACAGACUUACUGCUCUCAUGAGUCACUGAUAACUUGGUCUGGUACUUCAGCGAUCACCCCAAAUGCCUGUGUAGGAUACAGUAGAUCCCUCUGCAGAUGACCAUGGAUGGCCAAGUCCUGUAUAUUCUUCACUGGGCCUCUGCAGAAGAGCUGGAUUUCAACCUUCUGAACUGUAAGCAAACAGAUUCAUGGGUGUGGGGUUUUUUUAAGUGGGAAAAAAUAGUGAACCAGAAAACUAGCAUGUCUAAAAUUUGAUGGUUGCAGUUAUAAAUACUUAGGGACAGUUCUGCUUAUUACUCAUGCAUAUAAUCACAGUGACUAUUCCUGCAAGUAAAGAAAGCAGAUUCAAAUGUAGUGUCUGAAGUAGAUAUUUUUUUUUUUAAUGAAUGACCAAUUUUGUCUCCGCUCCUAUUUCAGUGUGUCAUUUAUCUUGAUUAAGUAGUAAAUCUCUUCCAUCUUGUUAUUUAGAAACCUAAUUCUAAUUUCAUCUUUACAAUAUUUAAAAUAUCCUACUAAGCAUGAUGUUUUUGUGGGAAUUUGCAAAAGUUCAAUAGCACUCAUUACUUGUUUGCAGCAGCAAUAGACUCAUUUGUUAAAAGCUAACAAAGAAAGUUUGCAAUUUAAAGGUGUUUCAUUAUUGUGCUCUUCUGAAAAAUGUGUAAUCCUUGUGUAAUUUAUGUCCUAAAAAAUAACACCUGUAUGUAUGAUCUUUCAUAUUUAAUAGAAUAAAACGUUGUAAAAACAUCUUUGAAA